AUGUUUGGACGAACAUUUAAAGAAACGAUCAACGAGAACAGAUUAUUACAAAGUCUGUAUAACACUGAGACCAAAUUACCAACUGCAGAAACAAAUGCCGUCAGUAUUCAACAACUAUCAUCAGAUAUCGUACGAUAUAUCAAUCAUUCACAGAUUCCACUGAUUGUUGAUAAUUUUGUACAAACGCACCAAGAUUUUGCAUUCGUUAAUCAACUCAAAAAUCAUGCUAUCAAUUCGUCCGCCAGUGUCUUUGUCCAAAAUAUUUUUUCAGAUAUAUUAAAACGAUGGUCCAAAAAUGGUUUAUUAAAUGAUCAAGAUGAAUCUGUUUUCCGGCAAACGACAGAUUUGUUAUCAACACUCGUCAGUACCAAUGUUAGUUUGGUCAUAUUAGACAAGACAUUUAUUAAACGAAUUCGAUCAUGUAUUAAAGACAUUGCAGAACAGUACACUAAAUAUCUAAAUGAUAUUAAUGUGAAAAAUCUUUCUGUUCAACUUAAAAUAUUAUUUAAGAUUCCUAAUUCAACUAAUUUAUUUUCCCAUUCGGUUACUAAAUGUGUUAGUUCGAAAUGUUACGUCAAUGUAUUUAAAUAUUUAAAAUUAGAAAAAAUGAGACCAUCCGA